UAAACAUUCCCGACCGGUAGAAUUCAAUGUAGGCGAUUAUGCUUAUGCAUUGCUAGAACCACGAAUUAGUAAAUUUGAUCCACAUUAUGUAGGGCCAUAUGAGAUCAUUAAUGUAACAGAUAUGAACAACCAACUGAGAGGGACACCAGUCGCAUCGAGCUGCUGAUGAACUUGACGGCCCGCCUGUGCAUGCGCAGCACUUGCUACAGAUUAGACGUUGGCAUUGUCUGUAUGCAGUGUGCUCUCGAAGCAGCCCUUGGAGCAGCAAGGAUCUAUGACAUGGUGGAGGUACACUAUCCACUACCAACGGCAUAUCCGCCUGGGGCCUGCGAUAUUUGCAGCGCGCCCCUGAUGGAGUUGCAGGCCGCCUACCACUGCGAGGAGUGUAUUGCCGCCAUCAUCAUGGAAAUGGAAUACCAAAGAGCAAACCAACCCAUACCACCGCCUGCAAUAGUACCAACCUGGUACACCGAGAGACAAAUCCGAUCGAGGCAGCCUGGACCCAGUCGUACGCUUCGACUUCAUACCGCAGUUAGCAGCAUCACCAACCAUCACACGUAG